CACUCGGCGGUCGGGGCGGACGGCGCCACUAGCGAGCAGCCGCGGGGCAGGCAGGGUGGGCGCGGCGGGAGCUCGCUGUUCCGGGGGGAGGGGGAGACCCCAGCCAAUGUCAACAGAAAAUCUCCCUGACUGUGCUAGAGGGCGGUGACAUGCAACACCCCCUUAACAUCUGUGAGUGCUUUGCCAAACUGUACUGGUCUCCCGCUUUGGCUGGGACAUAGGAGCUGAUCGCUGUCAUCCGUCCAGGGAAAUCAAACCCUUACAACAGCUCCUUCGCCGGGCACAUCUCCAUGUCCAACGGAUGGUUCAUCGUGACGAACACCAGCAAAGCCAUUGCAGGGGAUUUGAAGAUUGUGCAUGAGAUGAACAAAAGCGAGUGUCUAGCUUCCAUCCAUCUGAAUGUAACAGAGCCCGCGCCAGCUCCAGCCUCCUUGGCCAGGGACGAUCGCCUCAAUGGGAUGGCAGCGGGGGGCAGACAGAGGCAAUGCGGGGUGAGAACCGCACCUCGGUCUCCGAGUUCAUCCUGGUGGGUCUGUCCAGCCAGCCGCGGACGCAGCGCCUCCUCUUCGCGGCCAUCCUGGCCACCUACCUGGCCACCCUGGCAGGCAACCUGCUGAUCGUGGGUCUGGUGCGGGCCGACUCGUGCCUCCACACCCCCAUGUACUUUUUCCUCAGCCACCUCUCCUUCCUGGAGAUCUGCUACACCAGCUGGACUGUCCCUCAGGCUCUGGCCCACCUCCUGACCCACAGCAAAUCCAUCCCCUUUGCUCACUGUGCUGCCCAGAUGUACAUCGCCCUCUCGCUCGGCAGCUCUGAGGCCAUCCUGCUGGCCGCCAUGGCCUACGACCGCUUCGUCGCCGUGUGCCGGCCGCUGCGCUACGCCGCCCUCAUGGGGCGGAGCCGUUGCUGGGCGCUGGCCUUGUCCUCCUGGGCCAGUGGGUUCCUCCUCUCGGUGGUCAACGUGGCCUGCGUCCUGCGGCUGCCCUUCUGCGGGCCCAACCGGGUCAACCACUUCUUCUGCGAGCUGCCGGUGGUGCUGGAGCUGGCCUGCGCUGACAGGCGCCUCACCGAAGCCGUGGUCUUCGGGGCGGCUGUGCUCAUUCUGCUGCUCCCGCUGGCUGUCAUCCUGGCCUCCUAUGGCCUCAUCCUGGCCUCUGUGUUGCAGGGGCAGGUGGCCGCUGGGCGACACAAAGCGUUCUCCACCUGUGCCUCUCACCUGGCCGUGGUGACCAUCUUCUAUGGCACCGUCAUCUCCAUGUACAUGAAGCCCCGCUCCGGCACCACCCCCGACUGGGAUAAGCACAUCGCUGUCUUCUAUAACGUGGUCACGCCGGCUCUCAACCUGCUCAUCUACACCCUGAGGAACAAGGAGGUCAAGGGGGCCAUGGCCAAGAUGAUGUACAGGGCCGGAUGGGCCAAGAAGUCCUAAGUGUGGCCAAUAGGCCAUGCUACCUGAAUGUGGACCUAAAAUGAGGGGGCACUUGGGACAUGUCUUGGGGUGAGAGCUGGUUGGGAAACAAAGGGGUUUCCACAGAAUAUUUUUGUCUUAAUUUUCCACAGCGGCGGAAAAAAAAUUAUUAAAAUUUUUUUUGGCCUAAAUUUUCCUCAGAAAAUGUCAACAGAACUGAUUUUUUUUAUUCUUCGUCUGAAGUUUCCACAGAACAUGUUGACAAGAGGGAAAAUGUGUCUUUUUCUCCCUAAUUUUUCCACAGAACACAUAGAUGGAACCAUAAAUAUCCCUUUUCAUCUACACUUUCCACAGAAAAUUUCAGUGAAAGAGAAAAUAUUUGUUCCUAUCUGUACUUUCCACAGAAAACAUCAAUGGAACAGAAAUUUUUCAUUUCCCUCUUAAUUUUCCAGAGACAAUAGUGUUGGCUGUGAAAUUUUUCAUUUUUGGUUACAUUUUCCACAGAAAGUAUUGAUGGAACUGAAGUCGUUUGUUUUCAGCUAAAUCUGUCCUCAGAAAGUUACCUUGAAGUGGAUUUUUUUGUUUUUCUCUGACUUUUCCACAGAAAAUUUCAAUUUUGGUUCGUGAAAAUUUUAAUACUGGAAACUUUCAGCCAAAUGGUGAAAAAAUUUUCACCGAUGGAUGAAAUUUUUUGGCUAAAACCCCUAAAUAUUUCAAUUCUGAAAUGCCAUCAUGUUGCCUCAUGUGUCCAUUCUCCUCUAUGGGUUGGGCUCUCUGGUCAGACUACAUCUCCCUUGAGGCACUGAGGUCUCUCCUCUUGGACAGAGGUGGUGUAUCAUGUGAAUGCUACGCUGUAGUUCAUCGUGGGAGAUGUAGUCCAAAUGGAGAGCCCAGCCAAUGGAGGAGAAUGGGGACAUGAGACAAGCAAACUACAAUUCCCAUAAGCCAUCACUGUGGCAUUUCUGAAUAAAAAUAUUCCAUUUUCCAAGCAGUCACGUUUUUGCUGAAAAAACUGACAUUUCACCAAGAGUUGGUGGAAAAAAAAAUGUUUCAGAGAGGAAAAAAAACCCCAACAAUUUUCUGUCUAAAAAAAGCACUUGAUGGAAAACUUCCUCCCAGCCCUAACGCAACGCUGAAACGCCACAAGCCAUUGGCGAAAGGUCCCCUUCUUUGCAAACAGCUCUCACCUGAGACCUGACAAACUCACUAUACCAAAUGCAUCUUAAGGAUAUUUAUCCAGAAAGUGUAAUGAGAAAAGUACCUACAGAAUGCUCAUAAUUUGUCAAGAUUCAUAAUUGUUGCGGGAUGCAUGUACAGGUAACAUUUAAAGGAUAAUGUUUUGAUCCUGACCCUAUGUUUUCCGAACUUGGAGAACAAAUUAGAUCCCAGGGGGAUAAUGUGUCGGCGAUGGCCCAUUCAGCCAGGGGAGUUGUCACCCUCCCCCUCCUUAGCCAGUGAUGCAAUGCAAGACUCAGUCGUUUAGCCUUGCACAAUACUAAGACUUUGAACAGGAAAUCACUGGAGGUCACUACAAACUAUCGAAUGAAACCACCGGAAGGUUAAAAAAGGGAACAUUGCCCUGAGGGAGAGGUUUACCCCGCCGGCGAAUAGGAUCAAAAGGCUGUUUUCAGCAUAACACAGAGGGAAAUGCACUCUGGAUGCAUUCACGGAGGAAAUCCCCGGGGAGGGAGGGUGUUUUCCUGAACAUUUGGAUCCUGGUUCUCAUGAAACCAGCCAGCUCUGCAACAGACUGAACUUUUAUUGGGGGGAGGGGGGAACCUACUUUAGUAGCAAGGAAAGGAAACUAGUGAUCAGACCCUUCGCGCCCGGUGAUUUUGCUGUGUGGCGUAACUGUUUGUUUCCACCACUUCCUUGCACUCCUAGCUAAAUCUUUACUUCUUCCUAAAUAAACCCACCUCUGUUGCAUUGUCAGUGCUGUGUGGUUUACAGGAGUGGCGGCUGAAGGCAAAAUUGGGACAUGCCUGGGGGAGGAGGAUCUGGGAUUUCAGUGAGGAGCCUGUGACCGGGGCUGGAUAUCAGAGGGCAAAGGGACUCAGGGAGUGGGGUG